AAGUUGAAAAUGGCGCCCACCUUGCGAGUCAUUUGUGUUUUCACUUUUACUUUGCUUCAAUAAGUUAUUGUUAUUCAAGAACUUAUCCAGACUUCGAACGGGUGGGAACUUAAAGUUGGCAGAGAUGGCAGAGCACUUGAAUGCUGCAGAUAUUGAGAUCCAUCUGAAGGCAAUGUUACAAUUGGCUGGUGGGCCUCAAGGUGAAGGGGAUAGGAAUGGAGCUGUGGCAGAGACAGAACGUAAAUCAGAGUUCAAGAAACAGCGGAGACCUCGGAAAAAGAAGAAAUCUGCUGAAACAGAGGAAGCAACUGAAGGGGAAUCCAAAAAGUCUUUGCCAAAGACGAGAAAUCAAGGAAACAGUGCCCCAUCUGCAUCAAGAUUAGAUAAAGGCAAUAACCAAGUGCAACAGAAAAGCAGUAAGUCAAAAAAGUCAGAAUUAAAAGGGCAAGGAAAAGUCAGUGUUGAUGGGGUGGAGGAUGGAUCACAGUUAAGCAACCUUCAUGACCACGAAGCCUUUCUGGCAAAUGAGCAAGUCAGUCCUGUCGCAAUGGAUCAGAACACCAACCAGAACAGCCUUGGUUACGACAAUGGCAGACGACUCAGACAUGAAAACAGGCCACCAAAAGGGUCCAGAGGUGGUGGUUCACCUGAUGGUAAAGUUGGUGACAGACCCUCACUUCAGACUGAUCAAGUUCUGGAAGAUCUUGGAGUGUCCGGAAUUUUCCCUCUGAAAAAGAAAUCUAUACGCUUUCCUAGAGCAAAUUUCUUCUGUCGACUUUGUGAAUUCCAUUGUGACAGGAUACAAGACUGUAAGGAACACAUGAAGGAUCGGCGUCAUAUCAGAAGGCUUGAGAUUUCCAAGGGAGAUAAACAGCUGAAAGACAUCCCUACUCCCUCAUCUUCACACUUAGCUGCGCUGACACAUACUGUUACACAGCUGUCGGAGAAGUAUGGAUUGUCAGAGAGUGAAAUGCACCAACGCCAAGUGGUUGUGGCAGCACUACAAGAGAACCUUCAGUUGUUAAUACCAAAUUUAACAUUGCAGUUAUAUGGGUCAUCUGUGACUGGAUUUGCCCUGAAGACAAGUGAUGCCAAUGUUGACAUUAUCCUUCCUAAAGGGGAAAGUGCUUCCCAAGCCCUCGUGAUAAUUUACAAAUCCCUCAAAGAAGAAGGUAUUUACAACAAUGUCACAAGUGAUUUCAAGGCAAAGAUUCCAUCCGUAAGCUUUGAGGACCCAGAAACAAGUACAUGUUUUCAGUUAACUGUGGGGAACAGUCAGGCUCAUGAAACAACAGAGUUAUUGGCCCUUUACAAUAAAAUUGAUCCCAGGGUGCAUCAUCUUGCAGUAGCCUUCAGAUUCUGGGCAAAGAUAUGCAAGGUAGACCAGCAGAUGAUGGGUACCAUGCCGGCGUAUGUGACCACGUUGUUGACUGUGUUUUACCUGCAGCAGCUCUGCCCGCCAGUGUUACCUGUCCUUCAUGAAUACAGUAACCCACCAGAUUCACCUAGUGCGGAUAACAAAGGAAAGAAAACUCCAGCGGAGAGAGAGAAUUUGUAUUGUCGUAACUUAGACUUCUUGAAAGUCUGCUGGAAGGGAGAAAACACUCAGUCUGUUGGUGAACUUUGGCUCAAUAUGGUGAAGUUUUACAGCCUAACCUUUUCCAUGGCCCAUGAUGUGGUGUGUAUAAGACAACACAAGCUUAUGGCCAAAGGGGAGAAAAAAUGGUCUGGGAAGAAAUUGGCUGUUGAAGAUCCAUUUUCAAGAAAGCGAAAUGUAACCAGAUCAGUAAGCAGUAACUUGGUAUUUGAUUAUAUCUAUGACUGCCUGAGACAAGCCUACAAGUAUUUUGGGACUCCUCGAGAGUCUUCAAGCCCAAGAGACAACACAAAAGAUAAUAAGGCCCCCUCAGACAAUAUGAAGGAUGAGCCUACAGGGAGUCCACACUCCUCAUCACAGGGGAAAGACAGAAGUAAUAGCUGUAAAGAUCAGACAGAUUUUUCCCUGUGUAAUAGCACAGAAAAUAGUCCCAGCACCAACCAUUGUGUUACCUCAACCUGUGAAAAUGAAAGAACCAAUGAUAGGAUUGUGCUCCAAAACUGUGCAACAAACAUCAGCAAUAGAAUUAUUGACAAUGCAAAAAUUUCAAUCCAAGACGAUGUGAAUGAUCUCACUGUAGAGGAAUCGUCCGUAAAUGAGGAAAAGAGUGUUAGUCCAUCACCGGAAGUUGUUGAGGAAUCUGGCAAUGAUUCUCACCUUCCUGAAGACUGUGCUAAGCCUCAGGUGGGUGAAGAUGGUGACAGUCGCAAUGCUGGACAUUUAGAACUUCCUUUAAAUCCCGGUGUCGCUGUAGUUGACAGGAAAAGAGCUGAAGAGAUGCCAUCAAAAGCAAUUGAGGAUUUUGCAGAACAUAUUGUUCGGUCUGUUAUAAGAAUGGCAGUUUACAGAGUUAUUGCUGCUGGUGGAAUGGCUCCCGCAAGUGAUAAUUCCCUGGGGUUGGUGGAAAUGGUAACGGAGAGUAAUGCCUCAGAAGAAGCACGUGUACAGGUAGUUGAUGCCUUGUCAGGUGAGAAAUCUCCGGCCGUCCAGUCAGAAAUGAACACUGACAAUGCUGAAGAGGAAGUGCAGCAGGAGGAGGACCUUCAGUUUACAUUUUCAUUGGAGACUCUAACAGAUGGCAAGGGCCCAGCAGUUGUAUGCAGUAUAUGCCAGUUGGAAGGUCAUCUUAAGCAGGCUUGCCCAGAAGAUAAACUCCCAGAUUUACCUCCGUUACCAGAAAUGACCUCAAAGCAUUUGAAAAUUUUAUCAAAUUUUUUGGAGGAAGUACCAGCUGACUUUGCUCCCACUCCACUAGAAGUUCAGGAGAGAAAUUAUAUUGUGUCAGAGUUGCAGAAAUACGUCAGAGAAGAAUACCCAGAGGCAAAAUUAAGUUUGUUUGGUUCGUCAUGUAAUGGAUUUGGAUUCCGACACAGUGACCUGGACAUAUGUAUGACAUUCGAUCAACCAACGGCAGAGGGAAUAGACUGUGUGUCCAUUAUUGAAACACUUUCUAAGAUGUUGAAAGAGCAUCGUGGAUUUUACAAUGUACUACCCAUAACAACAGCAAAGGUACCAAUUGUCAAGUUCAGACACCGCCAAAGCCAGUUGGAAGGAGACAUCAGCCUAUAUAACACACUGGCCCAGUACAAUACUGACAUGCUCCAGAUGUAUUCCAUGAUUGAUAGGCGAGUGGAAAUACUUGGCUAUGCCAUGAAAGUUUUUGCAAAGGUGUGUGAUAUUGGAGAUGCCUCUCGUGGCAGUUUGUCAUCAUAUGGCUAUAUCUUGAUGGUGCUGCACUAUCUCCAGCAGUGUAAACCCCCGGUGAUACCUGUUCUCCAAGAGCUUCACCCUCCAGAUGAAAAUCCCGAAGUUUUAGUUGAUGGCUGGAAUGCCUGGUAUUUUAAUGAUUUCAAAAGGCUACCUGAAGUAUGGCCAGACUAUGGUAAGAACCGGUUAAGCGUGGCAGAGCUGUGGAUAGGCAUGUUCCGCUACUACACGGAACAUUUCGACUUCAAGGAGGAGGUUGUAUGUAUCAGAAAGCAUGCCACACUGACACGCUUCGAGAAACUCUGGAAUGGAAGAUGCAUUGCCAUUGAAGAUCCAUUUGAUCUUAAUCACAACCUUGGUGCUGGCCUCUCCAGGAAAAUGAAUAUGUACAUACAAAAGGCAUUUAUUAAAGGAAGGCUACUCUACUGCACUCCCAUUCACAGCUUACCAGCAGGGUAUCAAAGUUUAGGGGACUAUUUCUUUGCCGCUGACAAACUGACUGAGGAGGCUCCACCAACAGACAAGUGUUGUCGAGCUUGUGGAAAAAUUGGUCAUUUUGUUAAAGAGUGUCCCAUUGUGAGAAAUCGUAAACAAAGUAGAGAGGAAGACGAUAAAAGGAAACGCAGAGACUUUGACAGAUCACUCGGAGAAGAGAGAGGUACAACAGACAGAGGUUGUCGAAUUUGUGGAAAACUUGGUCAUUUUGCUAAAGAAUGCCCCAUGGUUUCUAACAGAAAUCGGAAACAGAGAGAAGAAGAGGAGAAAAGAAAACGAAGAGAGUUUGAAAGAUCAAUAGGUGAGGACAGAAGCCACAUGACACGCAGAGACAACCGGAACCAGGAGUUUGCACGACGCUCUCAUGAAUACCCUGCGUCUCCCCGAGCAGAGGGCAGGCCGAAUUGGCCCCUGUUACCUGGUGGAAGUCAGCUGGACCCUUACUUGAGCCCAGGGUAUCCUCCCCAUAAUAUGGGCCAACAGGGUCAGUUCCAUGUGAACCGGACCUCAAGCAGCCCACGACAGAUGCGCACCAAUCCUCAACACCAGAGAGAGCCAGCUAGUCCCAAUUCCAGAUGGCAAAACCCUGUCAUAGGCCCCUCUCUUUUCUACUACAACCAGUCCCCAGGCAGCAAUCACAGUGCCACAUCACCAGGGCAGGCUUUUGGUGUUCAGCAAGGGAGAGGUCAUUCCACUGGUGCACAGUUUAAGCCAUAUUCCAAUGUGGGGGUACAGUACCAGCAGCAGCACCCACACCAACAGUUCACAGGUCAGGGCAGACACCAAGAGAGCUUUCUUAAUAGACAGUAUCCCCCCAGGGAGAGUGAGCGGUAUGAUCCAAGAUCUGGGCGCAAGUUUAAGGACUGACAGUGGAAGAUGUUCUAAUCAGAGGCAGCUCCAUGUGUUUCAGUUUUCCUAACCAGUUUCCUAACCUGUGGCAUUGUGUAAUUUUAGUCUUUUCAAUAUGUUUACUUCAUUUAUUAAUUUUGAGCAUUCUUCUGUGCUGUUAAACAAUGGCUGCAAUCCAGUGAUUAUGUAUUGCUCUCUGUUAUGGUAGGAUUGAUGUGCAUUUAGUGUACAUUCAUGCAAAACUUUCUUAUUUGUAGAAUUAUGUUGUUCUUUUUUCAAGUAUGUAUUAAAACAUCUGUGAAUUCGCCACACUGCACUGCAACCUGCUAGGUUUAGGAAUUUGAAUCAUGCUGACCUGCAUCAAUUUAGGUAAAUUAACAACCAUUAACAGUUUUUAUCAUAUUCAGAGAUGUUAAAAAUUUUGUUAGACUAUGAUGUAAUUCUCCAUGGAUGUAAUUUUUUGUCCCCUUUCAGGGGAUAAGUAACUACAUGUUUGUUCAAAUGGUGUUCCAUGUUAAAGAUGAAAGGUAAAUUUUGAUGUGGAUGACAGCAAUGUGCACUUUCAGAAAUUUGUGUUAAAAUAUGAUUAUUUUCUACUUGGUUGAAAUUAGAAUGAUUAACAUUCCAUAUUAAAUAGGGUUAUGUAGAAUUGUCUACAGGAAUUUUUCACUUCUGCUCUGGAUUUCGUACCUUAAGUUGGAAUAGUAUUAAUACUGUUGUCACAUUCUGCAUUGUUUUGUUUUGUUAUUUUUUGUGUAGACUGUUUAAAACAAAAUGUAGUCUUAUGUAUGGAUAAGUAAAUGAUAUUUGAACAUAUAGUAUAUAUGACAUGUUCUUCUGCAGAUUGAAUGCGAAGUUGCAGUGUUGUUGUGUUAUUGAUUAGAAAAAUAAUAUAUUCUCAGAUAGAAAGGAGUUGUUUGCAAUUAAUUAACUUGUGUGUUGAGUAAAGUAGAAUUUCGCUAACUUCAUAUCAAGUUGCCACACCCUGUACUGACUUGUCACCAAAUUGAUCUGAAGUUAAACCUGCUCCCUAGCCCUCUGUUCAUUCAAUCAGAUUUCUUCUGUGCAUAUUUGGAAAUGAAUUCCGCCGUUUCAGCUUUUUGUGUAGAGGAACAAGAAUUGUGAUGAGUACUGAUCUCUUCAACUAAUGAUAGGUCAGGAGACAGAAUAUGAUAGAUGUUUCUUCAGAUUUCUAGAGGGACAAGUCAGAAUAAGGAACAUCUACUUGACCUGACUUUAUUUCACAAGAUGAACGGUUUUAUUGACUUGUCAUAUCUUGAUUAUAUUUGCAAACAAAUCCUUGGCUUUUUGAGUUUAGUGUGCUUUUAGCUAGGUACAGAUGGUACACUAUUACAAGUGAUAUAUAUCAAGUGAUGGAGUAUAUUGCGUAAAGUUCAACAUUAGUACAGUACAUAGCUUUUAAACCUGUCUUAGCUGAGUAACGUUAAGCUGAGUAACGUUGGCUUGAGAAAUGUUGCAUAAAUUGUCAGUUUGAUUCAUGAUUCUUAUUUGAAAAUGUUCUGAAGAUUUUAGUAGUGGGUAUUUGUGAAUCUUUUUCCUACAAAUUUGUGCCCAAAUUGUUCUGAACAAAUCCUGCUAAUAUGUUAACGAAAGGUUGAAACUUUUCCUUUUAAAGUAAGAUGAGAAAUUAAGUUGAAUGUAAGAGACAAAGCUGAAUUUAUGAUUGUGCAUUUUGUGUAUUUUGUUAACAAGAUAUAUGUAAUUGGAAAAGAAACAUUGGAUUUCCUUAUGCAAUACAAACUGUACGCAAUCAGCAACCAGUUAUGAAUGUAUAUUUCAGCAUAUUAUUUAUUUUUAAAAUACAUGUGAGCUUUCUUUUCUUAAUGAUGAGGUAAAAAAAAUUUUCUUGAUUUAUUCUAGAAGUAUGUAAUAAGUCUUGUUUGCAUAGCACGUAACUUGUCAAUCUUCAUUAACGUGAUUGGAGUAAAUUGUCCAGAAUCUGAGGUUUCAGAAGGUCACAGUCAGAUAGAUUGGAACAAGUUGCUUUCAUUUUUGAUUACUUACUUGUUUUGGAAGUUUGGAAGUCACAUUGAAGAAAAAACUGAAUAAUAACUUAAUUUGAUAAAAGUAAGUGUGUUUGAAUGAAUGUUAAAUUACCUCAUCAGUGUAACAGUUAUUCCCUUAAGCUUUCACACAUUUAUUAUAUUUACAAGUGCUGGCAGCCCCGGUGAAUGGUCAGGCAUUGACAGACAGUUUUGGGAAUAACCUUGUUUUAAGUUUUAAUGUUUAAUUCUUUAAAGAAAUACAUGACUAGGGCAAUGUUUUACAGGUUAAACUUAUUUUAUUGCUAUCUUUGAAUUCAAAAAAGGUGUGUGAGGACAGUUAUUGCUUUCCUUGUGUACAUAUAUUAUGUAUUCAUCGUGGAAGAACAGCAAAGAGAAGCUGGUUAUGUUGACUGUACAGGAAACAAGACUUCUUCUUGUUUGUUAUUGUAAAAUUGAUCCAAAUAAAUCAU